CCUGUAGGUGCCAUUUCCCGCCUUUCAGCAUCCCUCUCUGUGUGUCCAUGGAAACCAGUGCGCGGGUGCUUAGCAACGCGUAAAGUAAGAGGAGGAGGAUGAGGAGGAGAAGGAGCGUAGAUUAGUGACGAGGCGCGCAGGCCGUACCAGGAGACAUCACACUUGCUCACGGAAUCGUUCAAAUAAUUUCCACAAUCCACGGAAGGACAUCAUAAAGAGAUCAUAAAGCAACGCACACAGGAUUUUCCCUUUUGUGUUUAAAAUCUAAACGCGGUUCGGAUAGAGUCGUUUAGUUGAGACGUUGCAGAGACCUGCGUCACGGGGAGAUUUCGGUAAUUGUUGAGAUGAAAUUUGUUGCGAUCGUGGCGGGGGCCGGAGCUCUCGCGUUUCUCGGUGCGCUCGUGUGCAUCGUGGCGAGCGUGUACUCGCGCGCCCCGGCCGCCGCCCUGCAGCCUCCCGCGGCCGCCAACGGCACCGCGUCCCCGGUUCCCAGCGGCUCUCUGGGAGCGCUGUGGGGUGCAGACACCAGCGAGAGGAAGACUCUGGAGGGGGCAGGAACGGGCCGCGAGACGCCGCUCUUGGGCGAGCUGAGCACCGGCGGCAGUCCGCAGCGCUUCACCUUCAGCCGUCUCCUGUGCUCGCCUGUACCGCCCGGGGAAUGCGCGAUGAAGCGCCGCAGACGCGACAAAGAGGUGGAACAGCAGGCCGAAUACGACGACGAGGACUGGAGCGCCCUAAGCGUGACCGCCGAGGAGCUCAGGCGCACCGUGGCGCUGCAGAACGAGCAGAUCGCCGCCGACCGCAAGACGAUCGACGAACUCACAGGCAAACUCGCCGACUGCGAGAGCGAGCUGCUGGAUGAACGCACCGUGACGGAGCGCGGAGCCGCCACAUGGCCCGCACGGCGCCGCAUCAUGGCUGGUGAUGGCGUGCGGGAGUCUGCAGCUACACAACUGCACACCGCCCGGGCUGUCGAGGAGCUGGAGAGAGCCAUCCUCCAGCUCAAAGACCGCAUCGAGAAGCUAGAGCUGGAGAUGGUGCCUGCUUUGCUGAACCACUCGGAGGUUGCAGUAGGCUCCACGGGCAUGCGGUUGGCACUGGGCCAGCCUGGUGGGCGGGUGGAGGAUGUGGGCGGAGAGCUCGUGCAGAAGGUAAAGCAGCUGGAGGCGGAGAGAAAGAACCUACGCAAGGAGACACAGAACCACCACCAGCACAUCGACCAUGGCCUCAGCACGCUGCAAGAACGUAUCUCAGAACUGGAACAAAGUUUUAAUGGUCAGAGUUUCCCACAUGGCUACAAGCUCUCAUUCCCCAUGCGGACCAACUACAUGUAUGGCUUGGUGAGACGGAACGUUCCGGAGAUGUACGCCUUCACGGCUUGUAUGUGGUUGAAGGCGACCGAAAGCGGGAUCGGGACACCAUUCUCGUACGCCGUGGACAAGCAGCCCAACGAGCUCGUCCUCCUGCAAGGUGUCCAUAAUCCAGCAGAGCUGCUUAUUAACGCUAAGGUUGCACAGUUGCCCCUGAUGUUCCCACCUGGCACUUGGCAGCACGUGUGUGUGAGCUGGACUCUCCGUGAUGGCGUCUGGAAGGCCUAUCAGGGCGGCAAGCUCAAGGGGAGGGGUGAAGGGCUGUCAACAUGGCAUCCAAUCAGGGCAGGGGGUGUGCUGGUUCUGGGACAAGAACAGGACACGCCGGGAGGACAGUUCGAUGCUUCCCAAGCUCUGGUGGGCGAGAUGUCUCUGUUUAACCUGUGGGACCGUGUUCUGUCACCGGCUGAGAUCGGCACCUUGGCGGCCUGUGGCCAGUCUGUGCUGCUGGGGAACGUGGUGUCGUGGACGGAACGAGACGUGGAUGUUUUCGGAGGAGCCACCAAGGAACCUGUAGACCCCUGCUCCAGUGACACUGGACCUCAGAAAUGAGGGAUUGUUGGAGUGUGUUUAUUUGGAAUGGUCACUGUGCUACUGUAUUCAUAAUCGAGUCUUGUCCAUGUCAGUGUGUGUGUAUGUGUGUGUGUGUGUACAUGUGUGUGUGGAUCUGCAGAGCCAAAUGACCGGAACUGCUAAGUGCUUAAAAGCCACUGUGUAUCUUCCUGUGUGUGUGUGUGUGUGUGUGUGUGUGUGAUCUUCCUGUUUGGGUGUGAUGUCCCCUCACAUCAUUCCCGCACUCAUCCAUUUCCACACGUUUCUCUGUAAGAUCAAUAUUUUCCUUCCCUGCUGACUGUGUUUUUCUUUGACGGUGUAACUGUGAUUGUAGCGGCCUUGACUUAAAAUUCACUGCACUCUUACUAAAUGCAAGCGUCUGACAUCGAAUCGAUUUUGUUUCUCGCUCUCAGACCUUGUGCCAUUUUCUUUCUUUCUUCUGCUGUGUCAUGUUUAGGCAAACUUUUCGAACCAUGUUCUCGAUCUUCUGAUAAGAAUUUUUACGUUCGCAUUUUUGGUGUUUGUUUAAUAAACAAAUCGCUCGGUUUGACUUUGACUUUCUGUUCUUUAUAUAAUAAAUAAAUGCUUUAUUAGAGUUUAUAAUUUACACGGAUAUUUGUAGGAAUAAUUCGUAUCAUUUUCUAUUCAGAAUUAGAUUAUUAAUUCUAGAUAUGUCUGAACUUGAGUUUCUUAUUGGUUCUUUUUCUCCCAAAUUAGGACUGUUUAUAAUAAUAAUAAUUCUUUUUUAGUGCCAGAAUAAUUUAUUAAAGCAUAAUAUCAGCGUAUUUGAUGUAUAGAGCUAAUGAUGACACCUGUCCUCUAAUUUUACAAACUGGUAUUUCUUCAUUUAUUUAGUUUUUAAUUAUAUAUUGAUCAUGCUGUGAGGAGAGCAAAAGGAAGCGCUUGCUUGGGUAGACACACCUCCUUUAUUUUUGCCUCUUGGGCCAUUAGCGACUUGCCGUGAUGUCACCGUAGCGCUUUAUCCGUACACUGUUUGCACCACAAUGAAUUAUUUUUUAUUCUCUUGUGAACUAUGUGGAUGAUAUAAACAAC